AUGUUCCUGCAACUUAAAAGAAACAGUUAUACGCUGAGAGCACUGCUCUUCAUAUCCUUCACCUUGCUUUCACUGCUCAAUCCAACGAAGGUUGCUGGCGGUAGUAUACCGUCAACGCAUAAAAAUCCAGCACAACAACAGCAAAUAGCCGCACAACAACAAGCACAUAUGCAACAACAACAUCCACUGCAACAGCAACAACAACAAGCAGCAGAAAUUCAUCACAGCAUGAAUCAACAGAACACCAACCCACAGCUGCGUCCACACGAACAACCGGAACAAAUGUUGUCAACACUAUCACAACUAUCAACAAUAACAACAAGUGGCAGCAACAAUCCAGUCAAUCAUGAGUACAUCAUGAAAGACGUUGGCGUAGAUGAGGAGCUGAAUGAUCCAUAUCAAUAUUUGAGUGACUUAAAGGCCGAACCACGUUUAACCACUGGCAACAACUUGCCAUGGAAUCCAUAUGUGACAACCAAUCCGCCAUUUACCCAUAUGCCAGGAAUGUUGACUAAUUUUCCUUACAACCCUUAUGGUGCAAUCGGUGGUGGUGGCGGCGCACUACCACCAUUGGUGACACCUCGACUGAUGCCGUUCUUCAGCUAUCCGCAGCCAGUUUUCAUACCGUUUCCGAUGUAUUUCGCACCCACAGACCUGUUCUAUUCAGGUUAUGCCGGCCCUAGUGGUAAUGAAAUCGAAGAACCAAUGCCCCGUGCAGCUGGCGAUCACAGAGCGCAAUCUACACAUUUCGACACCACACCGUCAAGUGGUCCCAGUGCAGCUACCGCGCGUAAUUCACAAAUCUACUUUAUGCGUUUCGCUCCAAUGCCUUACAUGCUCAUGCCGGGCCUAGGCUUUACAUCGACUCAUACUAACCUGCCCCCUUUCCAACCAUAUACAGUACCUGCUAUUAGCCCGGUUUUGAAUAUACCACUGAAUUUUGUGGCGAAUGGUAAGCCUACAAAUAUUUAUCAAAUGGGUGGCACCCCAAAUGAUUUUCAAAACUCCGCUAACUUUAAUAAUGUUAAUCCGUUCGGUAUGCGCCCUCCGUCACCGUUAUCUUCAGCGUUUGCUUUUGUCGGCGCUCAUAGACCGACGGCUGCGAAUAUUGCGAGCAGUUAUUCGUCACAUGGCGCGUUUGGCCCAUCGACAGCACCUCAGUCUGCUUUGCAGUCGCUUCAGCAGGACUCGAAAAUGACGUUACUAAAGCGACCCUUCCUUUUCAACGGACGUCCGGAUGAGAUCUACACAUUGCCGAACAAUUUUAAUCCACUUUACUCAAAUUCGGCAUAUUACUAGGAGCAAAAGCGUUAAGUGCAGCAUUGGAACUGAUUUUGAAAAGUAUUA